AUCUCAUGAAGCGGCGAAAACACGAAUAUCUCGGCACCACAAACUACAACCUUGAAAUUCCAUCAUGGCACCUUACCCCGACCCCCAAACGGCGCCCAUCAUGUUCCGGCCGGUCCCACACGACCCAAUGUCACCAUACACAAGCGUCCCGAUGGCAGGCUGGACGAGUUCCCCCACGCAGCGUGGCACGAUCCAAAUCAUCUGGAGUUGCCUUGCGGUGCUCUUCAUCUGCUCAUACAAAUGCAUCCAUCUCAACAUCCCCAGCCGCAACGAGACCGCGAGCGCCUGGCUCAGAUAUCGGAACGUCCCGUACUGGCCGGAUACCCACCGGUGGCGCAUGCUGCUCAGGAAGGUGAAGUGGAUGGCCCUGGUGCUCAUCGUGCCGGAUCUCGGCGUGGGGAUGGCUGCGUUCGACCGCAUGAAAGCCGAGGGAGCGCUCAAAGAGGCCAACAAGAAAUUGCCGGAUGACUGGAAGGAGACUCCGUUCACGUUAACGCACGCGCACUACGCGGCAAUGGGGGGAUUCAUCGGGCAAGAUGGGAUGCCAGUAACCCUCCAGGAAUAUACGGACUUCAUCGUCAAUGACACCCUUAAAUUCAGCAUGACUGUGGGAGAAACGGCUUCCUCUUCCUUGUACUACAGGUCAGAGGCCGAACUCCAGGCCCUCAGCAAGUCCGACACUAUCACCAAAUGGCUAGCGAUUGGGCAGUCUCUGUUUCUGGUGCUUCAAUGCAUUGCAAGACGCGCCGCCGGUCUUCACUACUCGCUGCUGGAGCUGGUUACCAUUUCGUACGUGCUGUGCUCUGCGGCCAUGUACGCUUUAUGGUGGGAAAAGCCAUAUGACGCCCACAACGUUACUAUCCUCCCCAUCAGGAAUAGAGGCGAGGUGAGGUACGCUGUGGCAGGGAGGAUGAGCACCAUGUACCCGUAUCGUGGUGGCCACCUCAUACCUGGGCGCACUGUGACACCGGCCAGGCCUCGAGAUGCCAGCGCCACCCUCGGCGUCCUCGAGGGUUCUUUACCGGUAUCCACCCGUUCCCAGGGCUCUCAGGCCAACACCACCACAGCCAUAGGCCAGGUCUUCAGCACCAGCGGGAGUUCAGCUACGUCUACCUCAACGACAACAGCCACCGCCUUCUUCCCUGUACUUUCCAAGCCUACCAAACCCACCGCAUACGACUGUGCUUGGGACAAGGUUCUUUGUAUCAAGGCCAAGGGAUACUGA